AUGUUCAUCAGUAGAAUCACAACCCCUUUCACUUUCACUUUCAGGCGCUUUCACUUUCACAACCCCUUUCACUUUCACUUCCAGGCGCUUUCACUUUCACAUCACUUUCAAUUAACUUUCAAGGCACCUUUUCCCGCCCUUUCGGGUCUUUCCCCCUUUGGACCUCUUUCAAAUUUGUUGAUCAAUAUAUUUUAUAGGGUAGCAUCUGGUAGCAUUCGGGGUGAAGAUCUAUCAUCUAAUAGUGAAUUUUCAGUGAGGAUUAAAGAGGUAGAAGAUGUGUUUUCCAUGCCAAAAUCAGGGCUCUGGUGCCAUGUCUGGGACACCUUAUGUCCAUAUAUAGACAUAAUUUAUGUCUAUAUUGAGACAUGUCCAAAAAAAGACAUAAGGUCGUCCAAAAACAGACAUAAGCCAUCAAUCUCACACCCACGCCCAAAUAGGCAGCUGCUCAAGUAG